GUGGAAGAUGUGAGUUUCAGUGAAAUUUAUCAAUAGUAGCCAGAUGUUGUGUGUGGAGGACAUGGAUACGACGCCUAGAGUACUUGAUGGUGGGCUCGCUUACACUGUGGAGCGAAUUGGGAACAUCAAAAUUGAUGCUGACCCUUUAUGGACGGCACGACUUUUACACACGGACCCUGACUACAUCAUAUCAGCUCAUAAGAGUUUUUUGCAGGCAGGCGCCAGUGUCAUUCUGACUGCCAGUUAUCAAGCAAGUGUGCCAGGAUUUAGGGAGCAUCUCAGAAUAACAGAAAAUGAAGCGAUUGACCUGAUAAAAAGAAGCACAUCUCUAGCUCGAAAGGCCUGUUCAGAUGUUUUAUCACAAGAUCCUGGUAACCCUAAAGUUCUAGUGGCCGGCUCCGUUGGUCCGUAUGGUGCUUGUUGUCAUGAUGGCUCGGAAUACACGGGAAAAUACGUUGAAUAUCUCACUGUGCAGGAACUGCAGGAUUGGCAUCUUCCUCGUAUACAAGCUCUAGUCGAGUCUGGAGUGGACAUUUUGGGUGUGGAGACUAUUCCUGCUCAGAAAGAGGCUGAAGCUGUCAUAGGAUUGCUUCAAACUGAAUUCCCAAACACCAAGGCUUAUCUGACUUAUUCUUGUAAGGAUGGAUGUCACACAUGUCAUGGGGAAACCUUUGCAAAUGCUAUCUUACCAGCCAUCCAGUCGGAGUGUUUCAUCGGGGUGGGCAUGAAUUGUACAGCUCCAGGUCAUGUGACCUCACUACUGAGAAGCAUCCAGCACCAGCCAAUCAAAAAGGCUGUUAUAGCCAAACCUAACAGCGGAGAACAGUAUGAGGCAGGCAAAGGAUGGUAUGGGAAGGAGAAAUGCGCAGAAGUUCAAACAUUCGUCCCUGAUUGGCUGUCUCUAGGCGCUACCUGGAUUGGUGGUUGUUGUCAAGUCUAUCCUGCUGACAUUGCACAAAUUAGAAAAGAAAUGUCUAGAUUGAAAACUAUGUAGAGUGCAAAGCAGUUGCAAUUGUCAAAAGAUCCAACUUUUGUACAUACACUUCUUCUUGAAAAAAUGGUCAGUUAAUUCAUAUAGAAAUAUGAUAUUGAAAUUCGCAUUUUUAAUUCUAACCUUGAUUUUUGGAGAAGGUACCUGUAAAAAGCUUUACUUUUUAGGGAAUUCCAGAUAGAUGUGGGAAGAAAAAAGUGAAUACAAGGUAACAAGAGUUUCCUCCCA